GCAACCCUGGAACUUUCAGGGCCAUGGUGUUUUGUAUCGAGUGUUACACUUCCGGGUAAAAAGUGGUGGAAGUAUUAUGAAGGUUUCCCUUCAUAAAACCCUUAGUUUUUGACAUUUCAUUAUAUCAAAUAAGAAUAACAUGCGUGAUUACUGGGUAGAAGAUUAAUUUUGAAGUGACUCCAACAGAUAACUUGAGGAAAACAGCCGCUGUCUACGAACACGACCAGACACACAGAUCUUGAUAGCUUUAAGUAAUAAGAUCAACGAUGAACGCUUGGAAAUGGCUAAUGAUUGCUAGACUAUUGGGAUAUUUAGUGAUGAUGUUUUCAACUAGCCAAUGUACAGCAGGAAAAGAUGAUUAUGUUCUACCCAGAAACUCCUCGCAAGCCAAUCUUUACAAGGUCGUUGGUGGAUCAUCAUCAUAUCACGGUAGCACCAGAAGCCAGAACCUGAAAUUCUCUGAAUAUCUGACUUUCAGGACAUCAGAGGAUCAUCUGAAAAAAUGCAAAAGUAACAAGGCUUCACCUUGCAUUGUGGAUGCCAACAGUUCCUCGAACUGUUCUUGUACUGUAGACCUGAGUUUGACCCAAGUUUGUAAAACUUCUCAACCUCUGAAAAUAACUUUAAACCCAGAUUCAAAACUGGAAACUUCACAGAAUCACCUGAUUCCCUACAAGGUUAUAGAAGGAGCAAAGGUUGAACUCUACCUGAGGGAGGUUGUGCCGAACGCUUACAAAAUAUUUUGUAGCACUUCAUCCAGUUCCUGGGCUUCAGUGCCUCUUUCAACGGUGCUCGUAGGACAUUCUCCGUUGGAUGUAGCGAACUUCAGCUGCAUUUCAUACAACUGGGAGGAGCUUAUUUGCAGGUGGGACGUCCCAUUCAACCCUGCUCAGACUGGCAAUCGUUAUAGGCCCGUUCUUUUCAGUGGGGGAAGGUAUCUAACGAAUUGUGGAAAUGGGCGUUCCUGUCAAUACAGUAACUUAUCUGGGACUCAGUGCUGUUACUGGAAUAAAACAGAUGGUUACCAGCCUGGAAACAGAAACCUGUCUUUGAUAUUCUACAUCAAGGAUGUAUUCAGUUCCAUUGAUUUCGAGUUCCACCAUUCAAUUGAUGAUCUGGCAGUGGUGUUGCCAGAUUCAGCAGAAGAAUUGAAACUGACAGUGACGGCCAACACGACUUUGACCAUCAGCUGGAGAAUUCCAUCAUCCUUAACAGGAUUUCCUGCAGGUCUUCUCUGCCGGAUUGAUUAUCGGAUCAUUGACGCAAGAUGCAAUUACAGUGUGCACUGCAGCUGGCGUUUGGGUUCUGAAGAACGCUGCUCUUGUGAAAACUGCAGAAAGGAACUGCAAGUGGAAUUCCCUGGUUUAAAGUACGAGUUCCGCGUGAGGCUCCGGUCUGCUGCUGCCGCCAAGGGCACUCUGGAUGGUGAUGGCAGUUGGUCAAAUGCCGCUGACAGUAGCAUAGAAAUCCCUCCACAGCGGCCCUGGGCUGCUCCAGCUAUAAUUGCAGGGUCAUUCCAAGUAAAAGAGAAUCCCUAUGACCCUGAACUUCGUUGGGUCACUCUCUCAUGGCAACCUCUACAUUUUACUCAGUUUAAUGGACGUCAUUUCCGGUACGCCAUCAAGGUUUCUGGAAUAGGAAGCGUCGGCAGUGAGAUGAAAGUUCUGACAGAAGACACUUUCGUUACUUUUCCCAACAUGUCGCGAAACAUGAAAUAUAGAAUUGAAAUCAAGAGCGUCAACAGUGCUGGAGAAAGUGACAAGUCGGUGCUCUACAUUCCUGAGUCGACAAACAUUCCCCGUCCACCCAUCCUACCGGCAGCUGUUUAUUAUGAGGAAUUGGGCCAAUAUGAAUUGCGGUGGCGAGGAGAUAAUGGGUCAACAUACAAACUCUUCCUCUGCUUUGAUUUCGAUGUGGAUAAGGAAGCUUGCCGGGAACAGAUAUACUGGAUGAGUGCUGGUGAGGUCAAUGCAGUUAAUGUUACUUUGGAAGACUUUAAUGUGACAGAACUUGCAAAAGUUGGUGUCCCUCACUUUGGCAUUUCUUCUCAAAACAAAAAAGGGUCUUUCAGUGGAAUGAAGUGGGCUUGCUGUAGAGGCCCUCAGACCUACAAGAAUGAGCCGCCAGACCAGCCCACCAUCGUCACAGUCACCAAUGUAAAGGACGGAACUGUUCUGAUCAGAUGGACCACUCCAUGUGAGAGCUGGGGAUCUUCAAUGAAAGAGGUAGUUGUAGAGUACUGCAAAGGGCAGCACGAGAAGGUCAGCAGCUGCGAAACAACUAGUGUCAGAGGAUUGAUUGCUACGUCAGCCAGUGACUGCCUCAACGACGUCAUUCUAUCUGGGCUGUCACCGGCCACCAAAUAUACUGUCUGGAUUUUCUUGGGUUCUUCCCAAAAGCUUUCUUCCCAGAGGUCACGUCGUCGCGUCUUUACAACGCAGAUGACAAAGGAAAGGAUGAUUGACGUAAGUAUAAAGAAAGCUAUGCCGGUUAUUUUAAGCUGUCAGAUAUUAUGCUGA